AUGGAUAUAACUAUAACAAAAGCAAAAAGAACAAAAAGUUGGAUUGAAAGAAUGAAAACAAAAGAUAAAACUGUCUUAGGUGAAAUAUUAAAUCUUAUUAUAAGAGGAGAAAAAGAUAUUGAUAAAAUUGUUAUUAAAUGUAAUGUUCUUGAAUGGUCUUAUAUUCACAUAGAAUUAUGGAAAGACAAUGAACUAGAAUUAAUUUUAUCAAUUACUUCAUCACUAAUUGUUGAUGAUGUUUUUAAAGAAUAUUUAACACAAUGUUCAUUUAUUAAAUGUGUGAAUUAUUUGAUGAAAAAAACAAACGAAGAAAUAAAACAACGAGUGAUAAUGAUAUUAAAUUUAUGUUUAGUUAAUGAUACUUUUAGGAAGAAAUGUAUUGAAUCAAAUAUUCAGAAAAUAAUUGUACAUUCUUUUAAAAGAGAAUCAACUCAUUUUUAUUAUCAAAAUGUUUCAUAUUUCUGUAAAUUGUAUUUACUAAAGAAAGAAUAUUUAUCUGAUAACCAAAUAAAUGACAUUCGUAGGUUUUAUAUACAUGCCAUAUGCUCUAAAUCCACACCUAUUAUCUUAGAUGGUUUAAAUUGUUUUUAUUAUUUUGCAACAACAAUGUUCUUUACCCUUUCACCAACAACAGAAUUUCUUCACAGAUUAUCUGAAUUAGUUCAUCAUAAGAAUUCAAGUUUGUCAAGGCUAGCAUCUAACUUUGCAAGUUUUUAUCAAAUAGAGUGA